AUGUUUGGAGGAUUCCAACCGCCCCAAAUCUCGCCCGAGGAGCUCCAGGCCGCCGAGGCCGAGGCUGCCUUCACCGUGCAGCGCGCUGUGGCCGCCGCCGCGGCGCUCUAUCUCUCACCCUUCGUGAUCGACGCAUUCUGGAAGAUCUUCUAA